GUGUCCAUCUCUCUGCCCUCUUCCCCUCCAGACCCUGAGGACACACUGAGUGUGAGCGUCCCACUGGAGCUGCCUCAGCGCCCUCUACUGGGCAGCACCUUGGUACUACCCUGCUACUUCCAGGAUCACACCGUCCACGACCCCGGCGCCCCCACCAUUGCCCCCCUGUCCCACCGCAUCAAAUGGAGCCGCGUCACUAAGGAGCGUGUCUCUGUCAUCCUGGUGGCCAUGGACGGAGAGGUCAAGGUGGAGGAGGACUAUCUGGACCGGGUCCACAUGGUGGGCUACCCCCAGACCCCCACUGACGCCAGCAUCAAGAUCACAGAGUUGAGGUCCAACGACACCGGCACCUACCGAUGUGAGGUCCAGCACGGCAUCGAGGACAACCAUGACACUGUGGACGUCCUGGUUCAAGGUAUCGUGUUUCACUACCGGGCCAUCACGACACGCUACACUCUGACCUUUGAGAAGGCCAAGGCAGCCUGUAUCCAGAACAGUGCUGUGAUCGCGACCCCAGAGCAGCUCCAGGCCGCGUAUGAUGACGGCUUCCACCAGUGUGACGCCGGCUGGCUCUCCGACCAGACUGUCAGGUACCCAAUCCAUGAUCCACGUGAGAAUUGUUAUGGCGACAAAGACGAGUUCCCCGGGGUGCGAACUUACGGAGUGAGAGAUGUCAACGAGACUUACGACGUGUACUGUUUUGCCGAGAAGAUGACAGGCAGUGUGUUCUACUCUGCCUCUGUGGCUAAGUUCACCUACUCUGAGGCUGAGGAACAGUGUAGUAAGCAGGGGGCCCUGUUGGCCACCACAGGACAGCUGUACCUGGCCUGGCAGGCUGGUCUGGAUGUGUGCAAUGCAGGCUGGCUAGGAGACAGGAGCGUCCGCUACCCCAUCAAUGUCCGGAGGCCGCAGUGUGGAGGGGGUCUGCUGGGGGUACGGACCGUGUACCUCCACGUCAACCAGACGGGGUACCCCCUCCCCGAAUCCCGCUACGAUGCCUACUGCUACACAGAAACGGACGAGGAGGGCUCAGGCAUGGUGGUGCCCACCGAGGCGGGCAGCGGCGUGCUGAGCGUUGCCACGGUGACCCAGGGUCCUCCCGAGUUGUUCUACAGGAACAUGACCACAGAGAGCGAGGCGCUGGGUGAGGACCUGGCCACCCAGAAACCCACUAGCGUGGACUUCACCUUUGGCACUGAGUUGCCCCUGCCACAGCCGCCCAGUGUCACCGAGCUGCCCCUGCCACAGCCGCCCAGUGUCACCGAGCUGCCACAGCCGCCCAGUGUCACCGAGCUGCCACAGCCGCCCAGUGUCACCGAGCUGCCACAGCCGCCCAGUGUCACCGAGCUGCCACAGCUGCCCAGUGUCACCGAGCUGCCUCUGCCACAGCCGCCCAGUGUCACCGAGCUGCCUCUGCCACAGCCGCCCAGUGUCACCGAGCUGCCCCUACCACAGCCGCCCAGUGUCACCGAGCUGCCUCUGCCACAGCCGCCCAGUGUCACCGAGCUGCCUCUGCCACAGCCGCCCAGUGUCACCGAGCUGCUCCUGCCACAGCCGCCCGGUGUCACCGAGCUGCUCCUACCACAGCCGCCCAGUGUGAGAGAGUUGGUUGUGGAUGUGGUGGGGAGAGUAACGGCCAGGCCGGAUGUGGGGAGUGAGAUCGGCGAAGGGAGCGGAUCAGGAUAUUUAUUUUCUGCUACAGGCGUGGUGUUCCACUACCGUGCUGGAUCUAGCCGCUACGCCUUCACCUUCGUGGAGGCCCAGCUGGCCUGUCAGAGUGUUGGAGCCUCCAUCGCCACCCCAGAGCAGCUCCAGGCUGCCUACGAAGCCGGCUACAACCAGUGUGAUGCAGGCUGGCUUCUGGAUCAGACCGUCAGGUAUCCCAUCGUGUCUCCUCUGGAAAAGUGCCCUGGGGAUCUGGAGACUUUACCAGGAGUGAGGUCCUAUGGACUGAGGCCCGCUGACGAACACUACGAUGUGUACUGCUACGUGGACAGACUCAGGGGUGAUGUGUUCCAUGCUGGCUCCAGUGAGGGCUUCACCUAUGACGGUGCUCUGGCUCACUGUCAGGAGCUGAACGCUACCCUGGCCUCUACUGGACAGCUCUACGCCGCCUGGAGACAAGGCUUGGAUAAGUGCCGCGCAGGUUGGCUAAUCGACCGGAGUGUCCGGUACCCCAUCACCAACCCCCGGGUGGCGUGUGGUGCAGGGAAGGCAGGGGUGUACACAGUAUACACCCACAACAACCAGACGGGAUUCCCAGACUUGUAUUCCAGAUAUGACGCCUACUGCUUCAAAGUGGACAUCUUGCUUCUUGCCAAUGAAACUGGAUUGAACAUCACAGAGAUAGAAGAGUCUUUGGUUAACCUCACAUCCAUCACUGAUUUGCUGAGGCCUGUCCUGCCUUCCAUCACUCCUCCCAUCUCUGUGGAGUCCUCAGGCUCUGCAGAGAUUCCCAGCGGAUCGUCUGGUCUGAGUAGUGAAGAUCCGUCCGGCUCGGGGCUGAGUGGAGACGGAUCGGGAAUAACGGUCACCUUCUCUUCAGGGAGUGGCAGUGUUUUAUCUGGUUUGGGCUCUGGGGGUCCUCAGGAGGCUGGAGAGGGAAUCACUGGGAUCCUCACCUUCCCCUCAGAAAUGGGAUUGGGAAUGUUCAGUGGCAGUGAGUUCCUGUCGGGAUGGGGAAGUGGCUCCGGUGUCAGUUCUGAGGAGAGCGGCUCUUCGUCUGACAGCUCCAGCAGCUCUGGGGAAAGUGGGGGGUGGUCUGGAAUGUCGUCCGGCUCCAGCUCUAGUUCCAGUGAGGAGUUUUCCGGAUUUCCCUCAGGAUUCUUUCCCUCAGGAGGCUCCAGUGGUCAUUCGGGAGAGGAGUCGGGAAGCGGAGACACUCAGGUCCUGCUGAUCGAUGGGAAACUGAUGGAGGUUUCCACCUCUCACACACACAAAGAGAAGGAGCUGGGUGGAGGGGGCCUGGAAUUCAGCGGUUCGGCCUCAGGCAGCAGCGGCUCAGGGUUCUUCCCUGAUGUGACCUUCUUGGGGUCAGGGUUUACCGACCUCACGGGGUCAGCCUCAGGGGAACAGGAGGCCUCGGGGUCUCUCCACUACGGCUCCGGAAGCGGUGAUAUCAGCGGUUCGGCCUCAGGCAGCAGUGGCUCAGGGUUCUUCCCGAGUGUGAACUUCUUUGGGUCAGGGUUUACUGACCUCACGGGGUCAGCCUCAGGGGAACAGGAGGCCUCGGGGUCUCUCCACUACGGCUCCGGAAGUGGUGAUAUCAGCGGUUCGGCCUCAGGCAGCAGUGGCUCAGGGUUCUUCCCGGGUGUGACCUUCUUGGGGUCAGGGUUUACCGACCUCACAGGGUCAGCCUCAGGGGAACAGGAGGCCUCGGGGUCUCUCCACUACGGAUACGGAGCGGGAAGAGGUGGAUACGCAUCAGGGUUCGGAACGUCGGGCUUCCCAUCCGGGGACAUGUCUGGAAUCUCCAGAUCCUCCACCAGCGAUGAGGAGGACAGCGCUGUCACCUUCCUGACUAAUGACUUCAUGACAGAGGUUUCCAAGGCGACCACGGUUUCCAUGGAGCUGGGGGCUGGGCCAGUGCAGUUCAGUGGGCAGGGAAGCGGGUCCCACACAGGGAACGGUGCUGACCACCCAACCCAGGCCAGCGGUGUCUCAUCUGGGGCACACUCUGGAGAUCUGCUCCCUGUGGUGCUGUCCUCUCCGCCCAGCAACAGGGAGCUUAUGGAGGGCACAGAGGGGCCAGAGGAGGCCAUGGCUGGCGGGGCUGAGCUGGGGGAGACCACCAGCGAGUUUUACAUGACCUUUGCCCCCAACCUUGCUCCCGCCGGAUUGGCUGCCCCAGCCAUCUCCCUGCAGACCCCUGCCGUCAUGGAGGAGCCAUCCUCAGAGGAGGGUAUCCCUAACCCAUGUGACCCUAACCCGUGUGGUGCUGGGUCAUGCUCAGUGGAGGAUGGUGUUGGGCUGUGCCAGUGUCCGCCCGGGAAAGUGGGAGAAGGGUGCCAGUAUGAGGUUGAUGUGUGCCAUUCCAACCCUUGUGCCAAUGGAGCCACCUGUGUGGAAAAUGCAGACUCUUACAAAUGCUUAUGCCUGCCCAGCUACGGAGGGGACCGCUGCGAGAUUGACGAGCAGGAUUGUGAGGAGGGGUGGACUAAGUUUCAGGGCAACUGUUACCUGCACUUCCCCGAGAGAGAGACCUGGCUGGACGCCGAGCAGCGCUGCCGAGACCUCAGCGCUCACCUGGUCAGCAUCAUCACCCCAGAGGAACAGCACUUUGUCAACUCCAACGGCCAGGACUACCAGUGGAUUGGGCUCAAUGACAAGACAGUGGAGAAUGACUUCCGCUGGAUAGACGGCACACCACUGCAAUUUGAGAACUGGCGGCCGAACCAGCCGGAUAACUACUUUAACUCUGGAGAAGACUGUGUGGUGAUGAUCUGGCACGAGAACGGCCAAUGGAACGACGUUCCCUGCAACUACCACCUGCCCUUCACCUGCAAGACUGGCCCAGUCUACUGUGGCGCACCGCCAGAGGUGGAGAAUGCCAAGAUGUUCGGCAGCAGGCGGGAGCAGUAUACUGUGGGGUCCAUCAUCCGCUACCAGUGUAACCCAGGCCUCCUACAGCGCCACCUGCCUGUGGUGCGCUGCAUGGCAGACGGACAGUGGGAGAAGCCACAGGUGGAAUGUAUGGGCGGUGAGUAG